AUGCGCGUCUGUUUCUCAGCCGCCCAGCUUUCCAGUCCCUCCAGCCCGUCUGGCCUGCCCGCUGUCUGCUUGAUUGAGCUCCUCGGCAGUCUCGUCUUGUCUCGUGCUGUGUCAUCGCCUCAACGGCUCUGCACUCUAACCCCAAUCUGGGGACGAUCCCUUGUCCUCGCUCACCCGAGACCAUCAUUCUCGCAGUCCAGUCACUUGAAGUGCCUGUUUGCGGCCUUCGCGCUCUUUGCAAAGCGGCCUGGAGGGCCCGUGAAGCUGCACAUCAUCGACGCUGGCUUCCUGGGUGUCCCCAAGUCCAUCAUUUGUUAUCUCCAGACGACUCGUCCUUCUCCCGAAGGCCCCGUCCCUCUGCUUUCGCCUUCCCUCCGCCUGGGGAUGGCCUGGAUAUCAGCUCUUCCAAGUCCUCCUUCGGUUUCUUCUCCUUCCUUCAUGACUCUGGAACCAAACACCUCACUACGUAAGUCUGCUUUGGCUAUCGACAACCAGGCGGAUCGGCCGACCGUCGCCUCUACCACUGCACCGCACAACCACUUGUCUAGAUCCUUCUCGUCGAAUUCCAGACUACCCGCGAUACCCCCUGGGCCUGUGACCGGCAUUCUGGCCACGCCUCCGCACCCAUAUCCACAACAACCACCGCUGGGUGCAAGUCGAAGUUGUCACCCCUCGGAGGAGGCUAUCAGACUUGCUGCCCAGCUGGUUACAGGGCGUGGUUUUGACAUCAGCCGAUAUGGUCUGACAGCUGCCACCGCCGCUGUUCGUGAUCAUUCGGGCGUGGAUGUUGUUGCUUCCUCUGUCAACGGCCUUCCUUCACCAUCUUUUACCUUGGCCGCUCCUCCCUUCCGUAAACCGGCGCACACGUGGAAACCGCCCGAUAGUCAAGGCUUCGUCCGGCCAAGCAUAAAGCCGCGUUCGGCAAAACGGCCACUUGAACAAGGCAGUGUCGACAACGCUUUUAUCGUCCCAGCAGCGAAGAAGCCGCGCCGGCUUCCUCCAGGCAGUCUUGACCUCCCCAAGGUUGCUCCGCCUCGAACCCCCGAGGACCUGCCCCUGUCCAACGGUGUAUCGCCAUUAUUCUUUUCUUCUAACUCGUCGACGAAGCACAUGACGGGCCGGCCACCGAGCUUCUCCACUCCGGAGCCCUCCGUUGCCAUGCUAAACCGCCUGCGCGAUGACCAAGGUACUGUCAGGACUGUCAGGCUUCCCAGGGGCCAAGUCAGCGCCGUGAGUCCCGCGAGAGGUCAAAGCAUGAGCACUCCCGGCAGCGGUGGGUCCACAGAGAGUCAGUCCUCGAGGGGCCUGGACAGCCGCUUAAUGUCAUCUGAGCUACAGGACCUUCAAGGCGUAGGCGUGAUUGAGCUACUGGAUCAUGAUGAACGACCAACAUUUAUUAUCGACUUGAUGGAUGCGUCGAAUUUCGGCCCGGGCCCCUUGAAGAUAGCCUGGCGGAAUGCAUCACUGAGGGCGGCCACUGGGGUAAACGAGCUAAUAUCCAGAAGCCCAGAGGGCAGCAUUGAGUUCUCCCGGUUCAAAGCAUGGGCCGUCAGCUUUGUAAAAGAAAAGAGAUCCAUGGAUGUAUGCUUGCCGUCUCUAUCAUAUGGAGGCAUUAGCUGGACAUGCUCGACCUUGAGAAACCGUUUCCGCUUCGUCAGUGGCAACAGUGCCGCGGUAUCAAUCACGCCCACUUCGCCCGCUCCCAUCGCGCGCGCAUCGUCGAUUCUCGAACAACGGUCUCAAGGGCCGACACCUUUCCGAGAAUCCCAGACCCCUGGCCGAGAAAGAGCCCUCAGUGACCUUGAUUACUUUGGUGAUGCCGACCCGGAGCAGGGUUUGGCUGCUGCACGCCGUGCGCACUCAGAGCCUAGGGAUUUGAGGGAUUUGCGUCCGGACACACCUGUCUUGCCAGACGAUGCCGCAGACAUGGACGAUCCGCUUGCUGCUCUCGAGCAGGCGUCAUUUGACUGGACCAGGAUCGUCGAUACAAGCAGCAUGCCACCGCACUUACAAUUCGCCCGAUCAAGGAACUGGGAGGCCACCCCUCUCGGGCCCAUUGAGUCAUGGCCGGCAGAUCUGCGAAUUAUGUCAAACAUGAUCAUGGGCAGCCCACACCCUGCUGCUAUGUACUGGGGAACCGACUACACGGCGAUCUACAACGAGGCGUACAUCGAUCUGGCAGGUAACAAGCACCCCAAGUUGAUGGGACAAAGUUACAAGGAGGCUUGGGCGGAGAUUUGGGACGAGAUUAAGCCAGUCUUUGACGCUGCAUGGAACCAUGGCCAGGCGACGAUGAAACACGACGAUCGGCUCUUCUUGAACCGGAACGGCUUCCUGGAGGAAACUUUCUUCAACUGGUCUAUCGUGCCACUUCUCGGCGGCGAUGGGUCUGUAGUAGCGCUGUACAAUCCUGCGUUCGAGAACACUCGCCGGAAGGUCAAUGAAAGAAGAAUGCUAACACUGCGUGAAAUCGGCGAGAGAACGGCACUUGCUCGCAACGUUGGAGGGUUCUGGAGGCAGGUUCACAAAAGCAUGGAAUACAACGAGUGGGAUAUACCGUUUGCUCUCAUCUACUCCGUCACCGAAGACUCGGAAAGCGAGGUGUCUUCGAUGCAUUCCGGCAGCGUGUUCAACCCUCCUCAAAUAUCUCUCGAGGGGUCGAUAGGAAUUCCCGCUGAUCACCCAGCUGCGACACCAUCGAUCGAUUUGAGGACUAGCGAGGAAGGUUUUGCGCCGUACAUGAGAAGGUCAAUGGCACAGCCGACGGUCCCUGUUGUUCUCUCCAAGGACGAUGGGACUUUGCCCCACAGCCUUAUUGAAGGAAUUCAGUGGCGUGGAUUCGGCGAUCCCUCAAGAAACAUCGUGGUAUUCCCAGUGCAUCCUACCACCGGUGAGAGCGUCGUCGGUUUCGUCGUUGUUGGUGUCAAUCCGCGGAGGCCAUAUAAUGACGACUAUAGAUUGUUCAUUAAUCUGAUGAGCCGACAACUAGCGACCUCGAUGGCAUCUGUCGUUUUGUUCGAAGAGGAAAUUAAGCGCGGCCAGCAGGCCGCACGACUUGCUGCGUUGGAUCGCCAGCAACUCUCACUUCAGUUGCGUCUACGAACCCAAGAAGCCGUCGAGAGCGAGUACAAGUUCACUAGAAUGGCGGAGUUUGCCCCUGUUGGUAUUUUCAUUGCGAAUGCGGAAGGACAGAUCAACUUCUGCAACGACUCAUGGUGGGAAAUUUCAAGACAUCCCCGGACAGUCAACUCGAUCAAUACGUGGAUGGAGAGCGUAUUGCCUGAAGAUAGACCAGCGGUCGAGGCCGCGUGGCGCAAGCUGAUCAACGAAAAAGUAUCCAUUGUGCAGGAGCUCCGCUUCAAGGCAAGUCGGGAAGUCAACGGUCACCCCAUCGAAACCUGGGCCUUGAUGAGCGCGUAUCCGGAGAAGAACAACGAGGGAGCGGUCAAGGCCAUUUUUGGCGUCAUCACGGAUAUCUCUCAACAGAAAUGGGCAGAAGCUUUCCAGAACCAGCGCCGGGAAGAGGCAGUAGAGCUCAAGCGGCAGCAGGAAAACUUCAUCGAUAUGACGAGCCACGAGAUGCGCAACCCAUUGAGCGCAUUGUGUCAGUGCGCAGACGAGAUUAUCGGCAGUAUCGCGGCCUACCGCAAGAGCGAACCCGAGAUCGCCGAACGCUUGGGCAAGAUGCUUGACACGUGUCUCGAAGCUGCCAACACGAUAUCGCUAUGCUCAAACCACCAGAAAAGAAUUGUAGACGAUGUCCUGACUCUGUCCAGGCUCGACUCCAGGAUGGUAGAAGUGACGCCGACCGUUGUCAGUCCAGUGGAAGUCAUACAAACGAGUCUCAAGAUGUUCGACACCGAGUUGGCGUCGAACAAUAUCAAGGCCGAAUUCCGAAUCGAUCAGUCGUACCGAGACAUGGGUAUUGAGCUUGCAAGACUUGAUCCAGCUCGUCUACAACAGAUCAUCAUCAAUCUUCUCACGAAUGCAAUCAAGUUCAUCCAAAAGCAGGAGGAACGAUCCAUUGUCAUCACCCUGGCGGCAUCCAAGGAGGCAUGCCAAACCCAGAUUUGUGGGAUCGAGUUCUUCCAUGAGGGAACGGAAUCCAACCGAGACAUCACCGACAAUCCCGAUUGGGGCCAUGGCGAGAAAUUCAACUUGCAGAUUUGUGUCGCGGAUACUGGGCCUGGACUGACCGAUGAAGAGCGCUCGAUGCUGUUCCAACGAUUCCGGCAGACCUCGCCCCGAACACACGUUGAAUACGGGGGAUCUGGGCUCGGCCUCUUCAUAUCGCGGAUGCUCACAGAGCUACAAGGCGGCCAGAUUGGCGUUGUCAGCGAGAAAGGUGUCGGUAGUACUUUUGCCUUUUACAUCAAGAGCCGCAAAGCUGUCGAACCCCAGCUGCCCAGCCCGUCUGCCCACAGGGACGCAGCCGAUUUGAUAGCGAUACAGCCUAGCAUCGAUCCAAGGACAAUAGAUGUUCUGGUAGUUGAAGACAACCAGGUCAACCAGAAGGUCCUAGGUCGCCUAUUAAAGAAUCUCGGCUUUAAGGCUCAUCUGGCGAAUCACGGAGGCGAAGCGAUUCAGAAGCUCCAGCGCUCGAAGCACUGGGACCACGAAGCAGGAAUGGCCGAAGGCUACGGGCCGGUGGAUCUCGACGCGGGUGAAGAUACCAUAAAUGUUUCGAUCAUACUCAUGGACCUGGAGAUGCCCGUCAUGGACGGGACAACGUGUGCGCGGACUAUACGCGAGCUGGAGAGGCAGGGUGUGCUCAUGACACGCAUCCCGAUCAUAGCAGUCACGGCGUACGUGAGGCCUGAGCAGAUUGGGGACGCAAAGGCCUCUGGGAUGGACGACGUUGUGUCGAAACCAUUUCGCGCCCACGAACUGGCACCCAAGAUCAUGGAGCUCCUCAUGAACCCACCGACUGGACACACUCCGUACUCGCCUUUGUCUUUGGCGUCUCCGGGUACUGAAUUUGGAUGA